AUGCCAGAAGGACCUACAGUACGAAGGUUCUGUUCCUUAGUCUCCCCUUUUGUUGGUCAGUUUGUGGUGAAGGUUGGAGGAAGCACCAGGCAGAUAGCUCUCCAGGAUUUGCAAGGGCAGCAUUUCCUGAACUGUCAGGUAAACAUCAUCCUUCACUUUGACAGUAAGGGUUUUUUGGUGUUUUACAAUUGCCGCAUGGCAUGGUGCUCAUCGCCAUUUUCGGAACCUGGCUGUGAUAUUCUUUCCCCAGAAUUUAAUAAAGAGAGGGCCUUACAAUCACUUGCCUUUCCAAGACCAGUCUGUAUUACUCUGAUGGACCAGAAGUGUUUCUCAGGAGUAGGUAACAUCAUAAAGAAUGAGAUCCUGUAUUUGGCACAGAUUCAUCCUCUUUCUCUUGGUUCUGUCUUGCCAUUGGAUAAACUCUGUAUUCUUCUAGAUCAUGCAGUCUCCUUCACUUCUGAUUGGUUGAAAAGCAAGAUGCAGAGAAAAGGCCUACACUACCAUAUCUAUAUGAAGGAAUAUUGCCCUAAGGGGCAUCAGGUUACUAAAGAAUCAUUGGGGCCAACAUAUGGACUGAAGCGACUCACCUGGUAUUGUCCUGAAUGCCAGCCACAGGUGAAGUCAGACCAGUAAGGCUGACAAAA